GUAUAUGUAUAAAUAUAUAUAUAUAGAUAUAGAUAUUAUAUAUAGAAUAGCAUAUUGAUAAAUAAUAUACAGAUAUAAAAUAUUAACAAAAUAAAUUAAUAAUAUUAUGACCAACAUUGUGAAAAAUGUUUGUCUUUCAAGUGGUUAUGAUAUGCCUCUAAUUGGAUUUGGAACAUAUAAAAUUCAAGGAAAAGAAUUAGUAUAUGAAGUAGUGGAUGAAAGUUUAAAUGUUGGUUUUCGUUCUAUUGAUACAGCUGUAGGAUAUCGAAAUGAAGAAGACAUUGGCUAUGCUUUAAAAAAUUUAUUACCAAAAUAUAAUCUUCAAAGAAGUGAUAUUUUUAUUACAACUAAGCUUCCACCAAGUGUAAAUGGUGAUCCAAAGGGAAUAGAACAAUGUGUGCAGAAAUCUCUGAAAGCAUUCAAUACUACAUACAUUGAUUUGUAUUUGAUUCAUUGGCCAGGAGCAACUCGUAUACCAGAAACUUCAACAAAUAAUCCAAGUUUAAGAGCAAAAACUUGGAGUAAGUUAGUGGAUUUAAAAAAACAAGGUUUUAUAAGAUCUAUAGGUGUAUCUAAUUUUACAAUUAAACAUCUACAAGAAUUAUUACAAAAUUGUAAAGAUAUACUACCAGCAGUUAAUCAGGUUGAAUUGCAUCCACAUUAUCGUCAAGAAGAAUUAAUAAAAUAUUGCAAUGAAAAAGGAAUUCAUAUACAAGCAUAUUCCUCUUUAGGAACUAGUGGCAAUAUUAAUCUUUUAAGAAAUCCAAUUGUAUUAAAAAUAGCUUCCCAACUUAAUGUAUCAUCAGCGCGAUUGUUAUUAAAUUGGGCUUUACAACAAGGAAUUGGUGUUAUUCCUAAAGCUGUAAAUAAAGAACAUAUAAAAGAUAAUAUUCAAUUAGAUUUUUUAAUUGAUGAAGAGAGCAUGAAUAUUUUAUUUUCUUUACCUCAAGUCAAAUAUGCUUGGGAUCCUUCUAAUGUGUGUUAA